AUGAAGAUCAAAUUUGGGGAAGAAGAUGAGUUCAAGGCUGUGCCACAAGACACCGAAGACAUAAAACCAGAUGUUGAACAGAACGUGGCUGAAGAUGGGAGUGGGAGUGAUAGUGACGAAGCUCCAGAGGAGGAGAAUAUUUCCCAGGCAAAGGAAAAUGUAACAAAGAUAGAAUUACUAAGAAAACAGAUGGAAAAGGAGCAGGCAGAAAAGCUAAAGCAAAAGAGACGACAACUGAAUGAAAGAUUCCAGAAACAGCAAGACGAAAAAAGGAAAAAUGGUAAAGUUGAUGAGAAUGUUGAUGAACUUUUGCCAGAAGAAUUACUAGAAUCCUUAGAAAAAACGCAACCGACAUUCCAGGAUUCUCAAACUAAAAAGGCACAUAUAAAUUUUGGAGAUCGCACCGAGUUUCCUGAUGAUUUGUUGAAGCCUAAGAGUUUAAAAAGAGUUCAGAAACUCUGCAUAAAUAAAGGUCCAGUUACUGUUAAACUGCUUAAGAGAGUUUCAGUUCCAAAAUCUAAAUUGCAUGAUCGACGAAAUGAGUGGCUUAACCGAAAAAGUCUAGAUAAGAGGUAG